UUUUCCAUCAGUUGGAGUUCAUCUUUCGUGGCGUACGCAGGACGGCCCGCUCGUUGCGUUCGAAUUGUGCGAAUAACACUCCCGGUCGUGCAGUGCUUAAGGGUGUGUGUGUGUGUGUGUACGUACGUGUGUGUGUGUUUGUAUCUGUAUCGAAUCAUUUCUAUUCCUGUGUACGAGCGUGCGGUCUAAGGCAUUUGGUGGCCAGUGCCAUUAACCAGUCACCAUGGCCGAAGGAUAGUGCCGCUUAUCGGUUCAUCAGCACGGGUUGCACGGGUGCGUGUUUGCGUUCCAAUGAUACGUGCUGUGUUGUGCAGGGAAAUUAAAAUCAACCGACUAAAAAACUCUCCUCAAACAAUCAGCCAACCGCGUUGGCGUGGUGAAACAAUUAUGAACGUCUUCGUAUAUUGCAGAGAGACAAUUGAGAAGAGUGAAUAUUAGUGAAUAACGGUGAGUGUUAGAGUGUAGUGAAUUUUCGUGCAAGGAAACGUGUCAGAUUCGUGAAAAGCAGCCGUUGUGAAUUUAAUUGUUGUCAUAUACUGUGUGUUGUUUCGGUGAAUUGCUGUGCAUUAGUGUGCCUGUGUGUGGGAUCGUGAGUACCAUAAGUGAGGUCUGCGAAUAGAAAAGCUGGCUAGAAUUAAUGUGCGUAUAUGCUGGUAGCAGAUUAUAGCAGUGCUUUUGAAGGUAAAAUCCAAUCCAGUUAACGAUGUGGCUGUUUGGAUUUAUGUUGAUCGCCAUCGUGUGUGCCGCCAAGUGCACAGAGGCAGACAUUUCGGUGGAGGCAGCAUUUCAAGAUGCGCAGAAAGGCGAUUCAGGACGUUGUGGCCACGGGAGUCCUUGUGAGCAAUUAUGCUACGAGCUGCACGAUGGCAUGUACGAGUGCGACUGCUCGGAGGGAUUCGAGCUGAACAAAAAUGGCUAUAGUUGCCAAGAAAUCAAUUCUACCUCCAGCGACGAUAACGCAUCGAACGGCGAGGAGGAUGUCCUUUAUCAGCGUGGUGCAUCGUUCAGCGCCAAACUCGACAUAUCCGAUCUUCACAUAUCGAUGAAAUCGUUCGACGAUGACGAUGGAGCCGAAGAAGCGAAAACGACGUCGGGCGAUAGUGGAGACCGGCAGGGAGCGGUCACCAAAGCGCGACCCCCAUCGAGGGCGAACCCAAACAGCAUCAACGCGAAGAGCGAUGAAUUAGCGCGAAGAAAGGCAAACCGUAAUUGGAAACUCGAACCGUCCUCGAAGCAAUCGGCGAAUGCGAAUGAGGGCCGCGCCCGCUCGUCAAGCCGCAAGGAAAAAUCCAUCCAAAAUGAUGGCCUGCCAGCGCUGGUGACGGCGUACGGUGAUGGCAUGCGGCAUGAUCAGCGGCAGCAGCAGCACCAGCAGCAGCAUCCGAAGACUUCCGCUUCCGGCAGUGACCGGCGAAAGCUUAACGCAACAUCCGCUGGCAGAAAGGGACCGGGUACGGGCGUUGAUGAUACUGGCACUGGCAGCAGCAAUAUGCCACUGGCGAGUGAUAUGGAAAUCAGUGGCAUAUCAUUACACUCGCCCCUUUCCGAUGAAGACCGGGGUCGGUGGCAGCGAGCCGGUGUGCCGGAUAUGGCAGUGUCAUCGGCGUCAGCUGCACUGCUGGCGGUUGACGAGGACAAUGAUGAUGAUGACGACGGUGCAUCGGAAAUAAGGGCCCUACCGUUGUUGGCUGGCUCGCAGGAGGACGAGGGAAUGCAGCAGACACAGCGAGAAGGGAAAUUACCUCCGGAGGCGAUGGGGCGCGGUGUCGUGAGUCCCCACGAGCCCAUCAUGCAGGGCGUCAGCGGUGACGGUUUGGCAAUGCCAGCCGAGCCUCGCACUAAUGCAACACAGCAAACAGCAGAAGGUGCUGCGAUAAGCCAACCGUGCACACUUGAUUGCGGCUCUGAAGGUACCUGUUACAUUUCGCCGGAAGGAUCGUCGUCACUGAUGCGUUGUCUGUGUGCUUUCGGCAAGACAGGGCAGCGCUGCGAAGAAGAUGCAAAAGUGAACACUCCAAGAUUUAGUAAACAUUCGUGGGUUGCAUUUCCAGCGCUCAGAGGAGCUUACAAACAUGUUCAGCUACACAUCGAGUUUCGACCGGAAUCGUUUGAUGGAAUUUUACUACUGACCGGCGAGCGAGACGAUUUGACGGGCGACUUUAUGGCUCUGCUGCUGCACCAAGGGUUCGUCGAGUUCUGGUUCGAUUGUGGAUCUGGAAUGGGUCGCGUCAAGUCAGAGGAAACGAUCGUCCUUAACCAGUGGAAUACUAUUACCAUCUAUCGGCAUCGGUGGGACGCGUGGCUCGUACUGAACCAAGGCAACCGGGUGCAGGGACGCUCCAAGGGCCUGUUUUCGCGUAUCACUUUCCGUGAGCCAGUUUUCCUCGGCGGGUACGGCAACAUCACUGGCCUGGACCGGAAGCUUCCCGUCAGCACCGGCUUCACCGGAUGUAUACGAAAGUUUGUCGCUAAUGAUCACGAUUACAACUUCCAGCAGGGCUCACUCGGCGACGUGUCACAUGGAUUCGAUAUCCAGGAAUGCAUAACCGAUCGGUGCAGUCGCUAUCCCUGCCAACACGGCGGUAAAUGUCUGCCGUCGGAUGACGGUGCCAUCUGUCUCUGUCCGCUGGGAUUUGGCGGUGAUUUAUGCGAGAUGCGACUGGAUUUACAGGUGCCUUCAUUCAACGGAUCUUCUUAUCUACGAUAUGCUCCACUGGGCGAUAGCUGCAUUAUUUGGUUCGAGCUUAAGAUCAUCAUCAAGCCGCUGCUAGAGGACGGGCUGCUGCUGUACAGCGGGCACCACGAGUAUGGUGAUUACAUUUCGCUCUGCCUCAACAUGGGCCACGUCGAGUUCACGUACGAUCUGGGCAGCGGGCCAGCAACCGUCAGGAGCGAGAUCCCGCUCUCCAUGGGACAGUGGCAUACGAUAAAAGUAUCCCGAACGUCACGGUUGGCAGUGCUGAAGAUCGAUCAGCUGCCGGAAGUGAUGACGGUGUCGCCGAACGGGUUCUGGCAUCUUUCCCUGCCACACAGCCUUUAUCUUGGCGGCAUCCACAAUGUACACACGCUGCCAACGAGCCUGCGGGAUAAAGGAUCAUUCGCCGGGUGCAUUCAGAAGGUCGAUAUCAACGAUCGCACUAUUGCUAUCAUUUCGGAGGCACUCGGUGGAUCGAACGUGGAAAACUGUCCGCAUGCGUGCGUUGCCCGACCGUGCGGUCCACUUGCCAAGUGCGUCCCGAAUCUCGACACCUACGAAUGCCAAUGCAACCCGCAGAACCGCCAGUGCAACAAAGCCGAGGAGCUGCCAUCGGAAGUAAUUGAAAAGCAGCAGCGGCUGCUGAAGCGCAAGCAGCAAGAACAGGCAGUCGCACCGCCAUCGUCUCGCCCGACGGUAGCAUCCGAGCCGACGCAACCGUUAACGACUCCCCUGGGAAGCUCAAUCUCGACGACGCAAGCUCCACCACCGGAAGACAGUACUUUGCCGCAUGAUAAUAAUCCGGCAGAUGUCGGCGACGGUAGUUCGGAGGAAAGUGACGAGGGAUACAACGACUACUACCAGAGUGACGACGGGGAUGAUGACGGCGACGAUGACGAUGAUGACGAUGACGGCAGCUUCGGCGCGCAGGGUAUGAGCUCCGGGAAUGGUUACAAUCAACCGAGGAAUCGUCGCAGAUGGAACCGGUAUCAAUCGGCUGCGGGUGAAAUAAAAACUGCUCCACCAGCAGCAUCCACGACUAAUGAGGCUGAUAAACAACGGUCGCACGCGAAUGGAGCAGCUGAAACAUCCCCAACGGUAGCUAGCCCGGCUGCAUUCACCGUCGCUAAUGAAAAGAUAGUCGUUUGGAUCGAUCAGCAGAAAUCAAAGGACUCAUUUUCCACGCAAUCGAAUGAUUACGCAGAUUACGGCGGUGGUGAGAUAGCGAUGGUUGAAACUGGCAUGGAAUCUGCUGCUGUGGAUGAACGGCCUCAGCACGGCGGGCACAAGGGUGCGGUGGUCAGGGAGGGUGAGUUUUCCGAGGGUCGACGGUCCGGGGUUUAUGAUGCGAGCACCGGAACGAUGGUGGGUAAUGACCGAAAAAUGACGAUGGUGAUGAAGGCAAACGAUGCAGGCGAAGGUGAUGGAGCGGGUGACAUGAUGCCAGUUGAGCAUGGGGACGAAGAUGAUGAUGAUGAUGACGAUGGCGACGACGAUGAUGCGACACGGAGCAACCACAGACCGCAGGUGGAUGUGAGUGAAGAGUCUUCAGCCAAGCAUGGCAAGACGGUGAAGGAUCCGGCGAACAUUGCCCAUCGGUUGCGGCGGCCGGAAGCAAAGCCGGAGACGUUGCCGGCCAGCAAUAAGGAUACGGGCAGCGAUGAACCGUCGUCAUCUUUCGCUGACAGCGAAGACCACCACGACGACGACAAUGACGACAGUAAUAGCGCUGACGAUGUAGCUGCUUACGAUGGCGAUGGGUACGGUAAAGAUUACGACCAGCAUGGCGACCGGAUACCGUACCGUCCCGAUUUUCUGCUUCACCGAAAGCAGGGAAGCUCCUGGCGCAGUCGGGGGAACAGACAGGACCGGCCGGGACAGCAGGGAAAGCAAACCGAGCCCGAGAUCGAUGAGACACUGAUCGAGGAGAUGAACCGGAUUAUGAAAAAUCAUAAUGACAACGACAACGACGCGGAUGAGACACUGGAUGCCAGCUUUUGGGGUGUCGGACCAUCGUCAGACGGGUAUGGUGAGCCGUCCCUUACGCAGCGCGAGUACGAGCUGACCGAGACGGACGCGGAGGACACUCACGACGAGGGUGCACAUCACCAUCAACAUCAUGACCACCGUGCUCCGAGCCAUCACCGCCGUCGGAAUGAGGUUGAGCAGGAAGACGAUGGCGACCAGCACGAAUCAAAGGAUACCGGUCUACGGAACCGAUAUGCAACGCGCGGGCACCAACCACACCAACAGGACAGUCAAUCAGAUCACCGUCAGCGCCAGCAACAACAGCAUGAACAACAUGAACAGCAUCAACAGCAGCCACAGAAACCACAGGCAGACCCGCGAAAUGACGAGGAUGACAUCCUUCGCAGCAUAAAGUACAAAAACAAAUACUUCCGCAAGUAUCAGGGCGCGUGUUUUACCGGCACGGACAGCUACUUUCACUACAGCGACGCCGAAACGAUGCGGCGUGUCAUUAGCUACGAGAUUGAUUUGAAUCUUCGCUUUAAAACGCACUCGGCGAACGGGCUAAUCCUCUGGACCGGUCGGCACAGUGCCCUCGAGGGCGACGACUUUUUGUCGCUGGGCAUCGAAAAUGGAUAUCUACAUCUUCGAUACAACCUCGGAUCGGGUGAAAUUAACAUCAAAUAUAACUCGACCAAAGUCAGUGACGGGCUUUGGCAUCGAGUGCGGGCGUUAAGGAACUCGCAGGACGGUACGCUGAAGGUUGACGGUGGUAAGCCAAUCACCAGAAGAUCUCCCGGCAAGCUAAGGCAGCUCAACACGGACACUGGGCUCUAUGUCGGUGGACUGCCGGCGGCGGCUCAUUACACCCGCCAGAGGUACCGGACCGGCAUGGUGGGCUGCAUCUCGGAGCUCAUCCUGGCCGGCGAGCUGCGAUUGAACUUUGAUGCGACGAUACUGGGCACGGCACACAACGUCGAGCCGGGCGCUCCGUGAAGGUAGAUGCCCCCGGUGCCUACCGUCCGUCCGUAGAACGCUCCCCGGGCGCCACGCUGCACAGCAUAACCUGCCCCAAAGGUGGGCGGGUAGUAGGUGGGAAUGAUUGCACCAAAGAAUAGGUUAUAGGCUAAACAAAACGGUAAGAAGCAAACACACAUACACACUCAUCGCUAACAAAGAUAGGCUAAUAACACUACAAUAAAACACAACCAAAGCGAGUAAUAAAACGGUUAAAUGGAAAAGAAAUAUAUAACAAACGCCCAUCUACAGAAACCGGCAGCGGUAACCAAACACAUACACAAAAUGUGUACAAAGCACACACACACACAAACACGCAAACGUCCAUUCAGAAAGAGAAAAUAUCGUGUGUUGAGUAGCUAAUUUCUCAGUGUAUGUAUAGAAACAAGCGGAAUCAUAUUUACUAACGAAGAAAACAGAAUAACACAUACAACACACUGUAAAAUGAAGCAAAGGACACACACAAUGCAAGGGUAGCCGGAAAAAGAAAAAAAAGUAUGGAAAGUGAGGGAAGAAACGAACAAAAACAACUACAGUAAGCAUCGAAAAUAAGGAUGAUAAGGUGAUCCAUGUGUAUGAAAAACGGGAAUGAAUGUGGAAAGGAGAAUAUUAAACAAACAAAACUUUAAAUCAAGGAGUCAACCGACUAACAAGUAGCGUGAAAGCGGAUAAAAAAAGAAAGAAUCUGGCGUUGGUUUAAAUCGAAUCAAGCGAAGCAUUCUGCUAGUGACAGACGGAACUUAACACCGCGUUUAGAGUUAACUAUUCUUUUAUAAGUACGAACGUGCAAGGAGGACAGCGAAAGCAAGGUAGACAAUGGAUUGGUUUGAAGCAAGCUGCAAGGUAAGUGGAAAUUGUUAAUUAGUAAAAGUUUGAUUUUUUUUGUUGCUCCAGUUGCCUGAGUCUACUUUUCAACAAAUCAUGUACUGGGAUAGUUUUAAGGAGUUUUAUUUUAUGUUCAAACCAAAAAAACCUAACUCACCUUGUUUACAACGAGAAGAGCUUUAUUUAUGCAUUUAGUAGAGUGAUGUUGGGGCGAUGUUAAAACAUACUUGACACAUUCCGUAUUACUAAGGAAACAGUCAAUACAUCGUGGAAUAAAUCAUCUAAAAUAGAUGUUGCCACAACAUCGUUGGGCCGAUUGUAAGGUAUUUCAAUCCUAUAAAAAGCCUUGUUUUAUACACGCUGGGGUUCUAAUUAGAGCAUGUCCCCCAAAUCAUCGAUCGCCUUUCGUGUGAUAUUGUUCAUUGGCUUACUUCAUUUAUUUUGAAAUUUCUGCGUAAGAAAGUAUGCUAGUCAUUAUCUUUCGACCUAAUCAAUCGACAUGCUACCUUCGCUAAUAAGAAGCUUGUUUCAUUAGAAUGUACAAUCGAAUACCUGUAUUCGCCGGCCUUUCUCCGAAGGAUAAAAUCAAACGGUCGUUGAAGGUGGUGGAUUUUUUAGAUAGUGAACAGUUCCUUUCCAUCCUUGUGAAAUUUGUUUUACCUGUGCCUGUAUCCUGCCGUAACCGUGGGUGGAAUUUGAUCCUCGAUUGAUCCAUCCGUUUCGUAACUCCCGAGCUACGCCUCGUGUUUCAUUGCAAAAAUAGCACGGAUAUUACGUCAACGCCCCCGUAUGCAAACUUGAACAUUUGCUUUUCCAGAUAUCUACACACAAACUCACCCACAGAUACAAGCGUUUCCAGCAAGACUGGUACAUUUGCAAAACAUUCACCAAUCGAUAACCGUUGUCAAUCGAGCCGGCGGAGCGGAAGGAAGGGACAAUCCACAGGCGAAACAAUAUCCUGUGUCGGUUGCGAUAGAAAUGGCUGCCAACGACUGGUUUGUUAGUUGAUCUUCAGCUCCAUUCGAUUUUUUUUUCUCUUGCACCUUUUUGUUCUUUCACCUGUCCCAAGUGAAGCGCAGCAGCAACAGGGUAAGAGAACACUUGCUUGUGUUACAUGCGUCACGACGGACGGCUGUCAUCGUAUUGUGUAAUUUAUCAAGCGCAAUGCAAAGGACGCUGAUCGAUAGAGAGGGUUGUCUCGUCCAACCAACGCUUUCGUUGAUAAUACAGCCUUGAGAGACAGGAAACAUAGCGUUCGCAGCGAACGAAACGUUCACUGCGCCGUUGAACUUAACCGCAAGUCUAAUUGUAUUUCUAACUUUUCCAAUAUACUGCGCGACUCAUGCAAUAGUUGAACCAUUUUCAUAACUGAGCAUUAUAAUUUUUAAUCUUUAUGGCGAGUGUUCAGAAUAAUAAUAAAAAAAACAGACGUCAGUAAAUAGAACGCUUCACUUGCGUUCCUUCCUUUCCCGAUGGAGGCGCCUGGUCAGUUUCAUUGUUCUCUAGUCCUGUUGGUUCCUGUUGGGGGCUAUUUUUUAUGGUGUAGCGAGAUAAAGUUUUUCACUUCUCACCACUUAUCUUCCUGCUCUACCACCAAGUGGUCCCCAAUUGCCCACUUUCUUCCCCUUCGUUCAUGGCCACUAGACAACACAAUCUAAUCAACCUGGAUGGUGGAUGGGAUCGAAAAAUGAGUUUGCUAUGGGUUGAGAGCUAACGUUGGGACAGGAGCACGGUACACGACGGGACUUUUAAAGUUUAAGCACAACGGGUUGGGUGUGUUCCGUGUUGCUCUUUGCAAAGCUCUCGCAUUAAAUUGACUUGCUGCUAUUUUGAAUUCAUGGAUUAACUGAUUCGGAUUAAAAAACUUACGUUACGAGGAACGAGGAUGUUGCCACAUGGAUGAUAACACAGCUUGUUUUGUUGCUUGUUGGUUGUUGCUUGAGUAGCGUUUAUAUCCUUCUAUACUGAAGGAAGAGAGUGGAUUCCUGGAAAGUCACUACAAAAUGUGCUAAAGUUUGCCGGCGUUUGUUCACUAAUGUGGGUUUGUGGGGCAUAGAUACAGAAAGGCAGCACAAGAGCAGAAAAAUUGUUUUUUAAGAGAGAUAUUUAAAGAAAGAGAUAGAAAGAGAAAGAGAGAGAGAGAGAGAGAGAGAGAGAGAGAGAGAGAGAGAUAGAGUAAGGAAACAGUGAAGCACAAUACGCUUUGUUUAUAGCAUAGUAUCGUACUGGGAAGGAAAUGUUCCACUGCUCGAUACCGAUCGAUUUAUUUGAAAAACGUAAAAACAGUCCUUUGCCGGAUUUUUUCUACACUUCCUCUAACAUACACUACACUCCUGGGAACUAAAUGGAAACACACAGCGGAAAAAGACAGAACAUAUUGUGCUGUUCGUGGAAAUAAAAGAGCAAUUGGAAUUCUUUCACAUUUUACGGUACAUUUUAAUCGAGCGAGCUUUUCAAGGAAGCGAGCUGAUUACGAUGCACCCUCCAUCGUACGCUUGCACUGCGAUAGUAAAUUGACUUGAAAUGAAACGUUAUUCCGUGGCUUACGCUAAAGGGCAGUUUCAUUAGAAUAGAACAAAAGCCCAAGCAAAUCGAACGAUGCAGUCCUGCCAACGUCGAAGCGAUAAACAAUGGCGCACCUUGGUCGGUUUUUCAUUCUGCCGUUCGUCGUAGUGAUGCGAACGACGCUAAAACCGAGCCUUUCGAUUUCGUGGUGGAGAAGCUAUAAAUUAAGGCACAAUUUAUACGCACGUAUGAACCGAGCAUUAUUAAAGGAGUUUUUGCUGUUUUUUUUCAUUUCCGUUCCCGGAAAACUGUAAAGGAAGCAUUGUGGCGCAAAAAGGGACGAAAUGAUUUAUUAGCCUACGAUGGCAGCUAGCCGCUUGCGUGGCGAUGCUGGUGAGGAAAACGGGGCCCAAAGUUUUCUAGUUCUGCGCACGGCCGCUCCGAAAGGUUAGAUUUAAUUAAAAAAAGGGUUUUGCUAGCUACGGAUGAGUGAUUCGGUUGCCGCAUCGAUAUUCGAUAUGUUGGAGCAUCUGUGUUAGAAACUCGGUAUCGGUAAAAGCGCCCUUCAAGUAUGGCUGCUGUAAAAAUCAAACUAGUUUGAUUAAAAUUGGAUAUUCUGAAAUAAUUUGUUUGGUUUGCCUUGGCAUUGAGUUCUCUUCUCACCGGUUGCACGGUAGCAAAUGAAGUACGCGCACUUCAAUCAACACAAUUUCUCAGUCAAUCAACAUCCACUGUACUAUGUGAAUGAUCUUGUGCAUGGUAAAAUUAAAAACUAAAAUCCAGAAAAAAGUGUCAAAAACCCCCUUUUAUUCGAGCAGAAACUUGUGCAUUCUAUGCCAAAAAGACCGUUUUAAGUUGAGAGCUAUUGCACGAUUAGGUCCAAUAUGUUCAUUAACGUUUGUCCAUUUAUUUUUCUGUUUAUUCUACUGAGAGAAAUCAAGAGUUUUUUCGCUGUUUCUAUUUGCAAUUUCCACUUUCCCUGUAUGCAAGUAGCUUAACCAUGUCUAUCGAAAGGAGUGCCCUAGAGCCUUUAGUAGAGAGGAUCAUUUCAUACUCAAACCAUCUCAAAAAAACAAAAAAUAAACCUUAUAAAAUCCUUCAUUCCCUUCGUGACCCAAACUAGAAAAAUCACAAUCAAAAUUCGUCAAUUCUUUCCUUUGCCUUAGGCCUGCAACGAACAUAAGGGAAUCAUUGUGUGCACGUGUGGGUGAAUGUGUGCGUGUGUCUAUGUUAAAACUCCACAACAGUUUCCCUCAAUCAAGCAAUGUUAAGUGAAUUUGACCAAUAGACUUCAAAGCAAAGAACAUUAAGAGAACAAUAAUGAGCAACACUAUCAUAUCAACAAAAAUUGAAUGAAUUGAAUUUUAAUGUGAAAAUGUAUCAAUGUGGCCGUAAUAAGUUAAGUAACACUGCUUUAGCUUUGAUGCGUUUUUUUAUUACCUCCAAAAGCGUCCCUGAAAGAAAAUGAAAGGGGCUAUUGGCUUUGUUAUAAGCCUAAUGUAUGCAACAGUUAGUGCAAAAACCCGAAUUCAAAUUAAAAUAAAUAUGAGUUAAAAUUCCUAGCAACUUUGUUUUAACAAAUCAAACAGGAUAACAAAACAUUCCUUAUCAUUAGACCGGAGAGGAAAAACAGUGCUUUAUAAAAAAGGACCGCAUUUAUUGAUACAAGGCAAUGCUGCAACACAUCCCACUGAGGUAGAAAACGUUCAAUACAACUGAAAUAAAGUCGACUUAAGUUUUUAAUCCGUCAAUACAACUAAAUAAACAAACACAUACAGCUUGUCUCUAAACGAAUCCGACAUAGGUUUAAAAUGUUUUCGCGCGCUUUUAUGGCUCAACAUCACUUGAAGAUAACAAAAAAGCGCUAGAAACAAAAUAAAAACGAGAGUUAGUAUGUGUGUGUGUGUGUAUGCAAACAUAUGUGUGAAUGGGUAUUUGUGACGUAUGUGUAUGUAUGCGUAGUACUGAAAAGCAUCAGGGUGUGUGAGUGUGCAGUUUUUAAGUUUGCUUAAAUUUGGUUGAGUAAAAUCUAUACCCGCAUCCCCAAUUCGUACGCACGAGGAAACAGCAAAGAAAAACACCUAAAAUGGAAAACGUAAGACCACUGUUUGUACAUAAAAUCGAUGCAUAAUAAAAAAUAGAAUGUGCUAGAGAGAUGAUGUAGCGAAAAAAGGGAGAGAGAAAAAAACAAACACAGAUCGAGUAGAAAAGCAUUGCUGGGCGCUGAUGUGCUGAUAGGAUGUAAAGUAACAAUUACGAAAUCCACCCUAAAUGUAUGUAUGUGUGUGUGUGUGUGUAUGUGUAUAAUUUUAGAGAAAAUAAACCGACAAGCUUUGCGUUGCUGGUGUGCACGCAAUGCAACAUUAACUGUGGGUUUAUAUCGAGCAAAACGGCAGCAGCAGCUUAGUGAAACGAUUUUAUAACGCUAGAAGAAGUAUAACAAGACAAAGCUUAGGAAAAACAAACAAAACCCAUUGGCAAUUGCUAGUCAACUAAAGCGCUUCGAUUACGAGAGUGAAGGAAAAUGUGUUAAAGCAAGCAAACAACCGAAAUAGAGUAAUCAGAUCAUUCAAAUCACUGCGGUUAAAACAGCAAAACAAAGGACAAAGCAAAUAAAAUGGAAAAUAAACAUUAAGCAUUGCUGAUGUAAAGGAAAAACAAUCGUGAAACUAAAUAUAAAAUUUGGUAAGCACAAUAAAGAGAUGAAGGAAUAACAGAUGGAAAACAGCGAGGGUGUAUUGUAAAUAAUGCUAAAAACACGCUACCAUGUUUCGUUCAUUUUUACAAACCAAUGCAGAAAACAAGCAAAUAGCCAUAACAACAACGUCAAACAGCUUGCUUACAAAACAUCACCAGCUUUGUAACUCAACAUAUAUUCGUUUAUGUACUGCGUUUGUAAGCGGUGUUGUAAAGAGUGCAUAACGGUGUUGUAAAGAGUGAUUGGAAAAAAAACAGCAAGAGAAUGCCGAUGAUACACAAGUCAAUAAGAAGAGAAAAAUAAAGCCACUUGAAACCCAGAAAGAAACUGAGUCAAUACAUCUUCGUUGGUAAGCAAAACAGUAAAUUAACAAGAGGAAGAAGCCAUAGCUGCCUCUGCGACGAAUUCGAAACAAUUGGAAGAUGAAGCUUCUAAGGAGUUAAUACGACAACAAAAAGCAUAUCAUUGCGUGUGUGUGUACGUGCGUUUGGUUUCGUCUAGUUUUUCCCUGCUUUGACUACGUAUCCCUGUAUAACGAAAGUAUUGGUUGUUAGUAUGAUUGUUAAUUCACUCCGCCUCCCUGGCACUACAAACAACAUCCAAGAGCAAAUACUUCAUCGUAGUUAGAGCAGAAGCACCGAAGCAAUAAGUUCAUCGAAUUCAGUGCCGCGAUCUGUUACAUUUCCAGGGACUGAAUGUUAUUUGUGUGUAUGUACCAGCGUAAGAAUGAAUGUAUAAAAAAGCAUAUAUUUGUUUACUGGAUCAGAAAAAGAAAAGCAUUACCAAGAUUGUUUAAAGUGUUUGCUACCGAUCCGUACUCCGGAGUUGAAGCAUGUAUUAAAUCCGGACAAAGGGGAGAGUUAAACAACUUAACCAAGACAUGGACCCUGUAAAGCACCGUCAACAAGCACCGGAACGGUGGAGAAGCAGGAGAAAUAAAAUUGCGGGCAAAUAGUGCGGUGGUUACACCGAUGCACCAACAGUACUGAA